AUGCAGAGUCAAGUUCAUCUGGCGCCGGCCCCGGCUCACCAGGUGACUCUGUCAUCGUCAGAGGACAAGGAUGAUGAGGACAUUUGCCCCGUCUGCUGCGAGAGCCUUAGCUUCACCUUCAGACUACCUGGCGAGAAGCCUCAUAUUGUGCCAGAAUGCGGUCACGCACUUCACGAGGAAUGCUUCAGUACAGUAUACGGUGAUGUCAAACCUGGGGAGACCAAGCGCAACCUUGGCGUUUGCGGAGUCUGUCGUCAGCCAAUGAGAAUAUCCGAGGGUGCGAGCUACAAGAGGCGAGGCAAAGAUAGUGAGUCUUUGAAAAUGGCCAAGUUGAUGGGACAGAACACCGACAGCUCUAGAGGCGCACCACCGACACUAGCUUCACCAGCCGACAUUGCGAGUCCGUCUUCAGGCUCGCAACCUGAAGAGAUCGAUCUGAACGCCGACGACCCAUUGACCGACCCAUACGGAAUGAACAGCUCGUCCUCGAGGUCUUUACUCGGUGGCGAUGGGCAGCCCUCUGUCGUCAUCCCAUCGAUCUCGAUCAAAGCGGAGCAUUCGUACAUCUCUCGCACCUAUCGAAAGGGCAAACAUGCGAUCACGGCAGUCAUCAGCGUCAAGGUUCCUUCAGCGGGAGAUCGAGGGAGAUAUGCAGCGCGGACCCGACCCGACUUUGCCAUGUCGAGAUCGGGUUCGGCCGAAGACGGUCCACAAUUGCCUCCUUCCCCACGAUCAGCUUCAUCUCAUCCGACUGAUAUCUCCUCGGUGCCCGCUUCCGCAAGAUCUUUGCCACCUCUUCAAGGGCCAGACCCAUUUGCGCACGUCCUGGUCGACCUGCAAAAUCGCGUGGUCAGCUAUCAUACGUCUGGUCUUGACGCUCUUGGUCAACUCCGCUUAUUCGACCUCCUGGCAGUUCGUAAGGGCACGCUGGUCCGAGAAUUCCACGUAUAUCUCUUCCAAGACGCGAUCAUCUGCAUUGUGGAGGAACGCAAGUCAACUAUGCGAAAGAUAUUUUCAUCUUCGUCGUCUGUUCGCUCCAGCGACUCCAGCCAUUCGACUCACGGCAAGGGAAUCCUUAAGAUGAAAGGCAGAAUCUACGUGAAGCACGUUCAGCGAAUCACGGAUUCCUCUGUACCUGGCGAGCUCAGUCUCACAAUCGAGAUGGAGGACCCGACCAUGGAGUCUUUCAUCCUGGUUUUCCGUGACAGAGGGUCCCAUGAGACGUGGAAGCGAAACCUGAACAGCAUACUGGAAGAAGCAAAGUCUGGUCGACCUCCUCCUCUUCUCAACCGAGAGGAGUCCAAUGCAAAGGUCGCCAAGUUGAUGGGCAUCGGAGCGCCGCCUGCGCCAAAAUCAGCGAGCUCUUCCAGAGGCUUUGCUAGCCCCGUUUCCCAGCCUUCACCGAAUGCGAUGGGAGGCAUCAAUUUCGACCUCACUCCACAACCCUCUGCAACAUCCUACGACCGAUCUGCCCUCACGCCCAAAUCGCCUUUUGCCACGAGUCCCUUGGCCGAGUUGGCUUUCAGUGCUCCGCUGGCGCCGGUACAUACCCCUCUGGAUCUUGUCAUCAUUCUUUCGCUGCCCGCACCAUCUCAGACUGGAACUUUGCCACUCAAGGUUCGGUUGAUGCGACAAUCGCUGCAGUUCAUACUCGCCGUCAUGGGCAUAAGAGACCGAGUCGCCCUUGUCGUUUGCGAGAUGGGUUCCAAUGGCGUGGUGCGGAAGACGCCAUUCCUGAACACUACGCGUGCCGACUCGCGUCACCGACUGGAGACGUUUGUGGAUCUGCUUGGGUCAGGCCAGCGGGACAGCGAUGAAUUUGCGGUCCCUGUGGGAAGGGAAGAGAAGCAAGACGUUGUGACUGCGGUCAACACGGCAUUGGACGUGGUUCUCCAGCGCAAAGUCAAGAAUCCCCUUUCUGGUAUGAUUCUCAUCAGCGACACAUCAGAAAACAUCAAGCGAGCGCAAAUGGAGCUUGUGACCGCUCGGUUGGACGCUGCCAACAUUCCUGUCCACGCAAUUGGCUACGGCAAAGGUCAUGAUCCUUCACCUUUGUGGAUGAUCUCAAACCACACUCAUGGGACAUACACCUAUGUGCGCGAAUGGUACCACCUUCGCGACUCGCUGGCUGGCAUCGUCGGAAGUAUGAUGUCUGUCGCCAUGACCAAUAUGAAACUUCACAUCAACUGUCAAGACAACGAGUUCAAAGUACUCAAAGUCUCCGGCGCUAGUCAGGCCAUCGUCAGUACAGGUGGAAAGUACGCUGAUGUCGAGUUGCGCGAAUUGCGACAUGGAGAAACGCGUGAAUUGUUGGUCGAGAUGGACUUUGUGGAUGGAAUGGAUGAGCACAGAUAUUCUGGAGAUGGAUCCGACGAAUCUGGUGGGCCCCCAAUCGGAGGAGGCAGCGCUCGUGGCGGUCAGCUGUCGGUCCAAGGGUCGAUUCACAAGUCUACUUCGAUCGGGAAUCUCGGUUUGGCACUGGACAAUUUAUCUGUUGCAGAUGCCAACAACAUGAUGUACGAAGACGCCUUGAUCGACGAGAUACCAGUCACCGAAGUUGAUUGCUCGUAUCAUGAUCCUGCUGCCAAUCGGUCGGUCACUCGUUUGGCCCACCCUAUCCUUCUCACCACUGCUAUUCUUCCCUCCAAUGCUCCGCCCUCAUCGGCACCUGCAGAGUCUCUGGUCGUCCGAAGGCGGAUGGAGUUGUUGGCGAGCGAUAUGAUCACCCGAGCUCUGCUCAUCGCAUCGAGGAAGAACUUUGAGCAUGCUAUCAAGAUUCUCAAAGAGACCAAGAACAUUAUUGAGAAGAUUUCCGAGAAUUUGCAGACCCAACUGUCGAGAGCUGGAGGAUCAAAAAGUAGACGCGAGGGACAAAAUUUGCAGGCUGUUCAUGGCUUAUCGGCCGUCGGCUCAGACUUGGACACGCUGAUAGAUGCUUUGGAGGAACAUCAGGACAUGUUCGAGAGGGACAUGCGUAAUUUUGCCGCACAGCAGGCCGUGGUACUCCGUACGCAAAAGAGCUGGACGACUAGGACACCGAGUGAGAGGAUGUACUGCACACCUGAGGUUCAGCACUUUGUCCAGAUGAGCGGGGACUGGCAGGGUGGAAAGUGA